GGACGAUGCGCGAGUACAAAGUGGUGGUGCUGGGCUCGGGCGGGGUAGGCAAAUCCGCCCUGACCGUGCAGUUCGUGACCGGCACCUUCAUUGAGAAAUACGACCCCACCAUCGAGGACUUCUACCGCAAGGAGAUCGAGGUGGACUCGUCGCCUUCGGUGUUGGAGAUCCUGGACACGGCGGGCACCGAGCAGUUCGCGUCCAUGCGGGACCUGUACAUCAAGAACGGCCAGGGCUUCAUCCUGGUCUACAGCCUGGUCAACCAGCAGAGCUUCCAGGAUAUCAAGCCCAUGCGGGACCAGAUCAUCCGCGUGAAGCGGUGAGCAGAGCGGGGCGCACGGGGGCUCGGUGGCUGCGGCGAUCCCGGUCCCUGGCUCGCCCGGGCUACACCACCUCCUUCCGGGGCUCAGACUUGCGGGCUUUGUUUCACAAGUAAAAUUGGGCAGCCCGUUAACCCCCAGCUCAGCCCUUUGUUUCUAGGACAUUGGUAG